ACAGCCUUAGGUCAUUAAGUUCAUUGUUCUUAGUUGAGAUCCAUGUUGCUUGGGAAUUGGGACCUUUCCUUGGAUUUGAGAAUGUUGCCUUAAUAUGCCUUCUUCCAUUUUCAUCAAUUACCUUAUGCGAGCAAUCAGCUCGGUCUGCACUUCAUUUACACACAGCAGUCACCGCCGGUCACUCUCUCCUCGCCGGAAAGGGAGGAGGAAAAUGCCGAUCGAUUUCAAAACCCUAACCUCACCUCGCUUCAAAACCUUUCUCUUACUCCUCUCCUCUCUCUGUAUCUUCUACCUUCUCGUCGAUUAUCGUAACCGUAUUUGUAUGCCCCCCGUUCUCAUACGAGACACUCCACAGCAUCCAUCGUCAUCUCAGUCGCCUACUUCGAUCAACCACCUCGUCUUCGGCAUCGCUUCAUCCUCGAAUUCAUGGCAGAAGCGUCAAGAGUACGUUCGCCUCUGGUGGAAACCCCAAUCCAUGCGUGGUUUCGUAUUUCUCGACCGUAUCCCACAGAAAGCUGAUAAUGCCAGUUCGGAUUUGAAUUCGAAGUUGGAUUCUAAUUCCCUUCCUAUCUUGCUUGUCUCUGGAGACACUUCUCGAUUUCCUUACACUUUCAAAAGUGGUCUUCGGUCGGCGAUCCGCGUGGCACGUAUCGUGUCGGAGAUUGUUAACCAAAACCUGUCGGAUGUGCGGUGGUUCGUGUUUGGGGACGACGAUACGGUGUUCUUUGCUGAUAAUUUGGGGAAGACGUUGUCCAAGUAUGAUCAUAAUCGGUGGUUUUAUGUUGGGAGUAAUUCGGAGAGCUUCGAGCAGAACUCCAAGAAUUCGUUCGAUAUGGCAUUUGGUGGUGGAGGUUUCGCGAUUAGCUAUCCGCUCGCUAAGGUUUUGGCGAGGGUUUUGGAUUCGUGUCUGGUGAGGUACUCCCAUCUCUAUGGGAGUGAUGCUAGGGUUUUCUCUUGCUUGGUGGAGCUUGGCGUAGUUUUAACGCAUGAACCUGGCUUUCAUCAGAUUGAUAUUCGGGGAGACUUGUUUGGAUUCCUUUCUGCUCACCCAUUGACACCUUUGCUAUCUCUGCAUCAUUUGGAUGCUGUUAAAUCUAUCUUCCCAAAUAUGAACCAGAUGCAGGCUUUAGAGCACCUUUUCAAAGCUGUAAAAGUUGAUCCUACCAGGAUUUUGCAGCAAACAGUCUGCUAUGACCGUUCAAAUUCCCGGACUGUCUCGGUUUCCUGGGGUUAUGCUGUUCAAGCGUUUGAAGGAAACCACUAUCUCCCAGAUCUCAUUUCAUUGCAGAGGACAUUUAUGCCCUGGCAGAGAGGCCGGAAUAGUAUAAAUUCAACUCACUUUAUGUUUAAUAUGAGGGAUUUUGCCAAAGAUCCAUGUAAACGGCCUUCAAUUUUCUUCUUUGAAAGUGUUCUCUCUGGUAGUCAUGGGAUUCAGAGCAACUACAAGAGACAUAUUUUUGGAAAUUGCAUGGAUGUGAGCGCAUCGAAAGAUCUGGAACAGAUAAGGGUACAAUCGCAGAACCUGGAUCUUGAUAUUGGAGAGUUGCGGGCCCCAAGACGACAUUGCUGUGAUAUUUUACCUUCUUCUUUUGACAAAGUAAUGGAUAUUGGCAUUAGACAAUGUAUGGAUGGAGAAUUAAUCUCCAUGAAUUCAUAGCUUGUCCUUUGGCUGCUGCAUGCUCGGAAAGUUUUUCCUUCCAAAUGAGAUUUGCUAGCUGCGUUAAUUUGUUGUGUGAGUUCAACAUACAAAAUGGUUGACAUGUAGCACACUUGAUCUGGAUGGUCGGCUCGAAAAUCAGUCUUGUAAAAUGAAAUCUUAGCUCAUAUGUUAAUUGUGAGCAUAUGGUGAGCCUUCUGUUUUUGGAAAUGCAGAUGCUUUGAAUGGCAAUUUAGAGUAGGAACCUCCUUGAUUAGGCCAUUUAGGCUGCGUUUGGUAGUCAUCCAGAAAAACGUUUCUGGCGUUUUUCUGUUCUAGGGGGGGGAAAAAAAAAACACAGAAUAAAGCAUUUGGUAUCAAUUUGGUUAUUUUUUUUUUUUGGAACAAAAAGGGGGGGGGGGAAACGCUAGAAACAUAAAAUGAUGGAAUGACAAAACCUUGUUCUGUCAUUUCCAUUUCGUUCCAAGUACAAAAAAAAAGUGAAAACUAGGGUAGUCGUUCCUAAAGUAAAUUCACCAAACACCAUUUUUUUGUUUUAAGAUGGCAUUUUGGCACAGAAACUGAAAAUUCUUUUUUUUUUUUUUUUGACAUGAAACAUCUUUUUUAGAACUGAAUGUCUACCAAACUCAGCCAAGCUUAUCCUUGUAUGAUUUGUAAGCUUAUCCUUCUAAGUUGGUAUUGUAGUUUUGGAUGAGAUGAAAGGUUUUAUUAAAGGGGAUAUAAUCAAAGGUGAGAAUAAGAAAAUUUUUGUAAUCCUGGAGGUUUGGCAUUUCCUUGUUUGUUUGUCAAGUUGAAGGGCUGUAAAACAUUCCUUAUGGAGUUGAAUUCUUUAGUCAAAGGGAUACCAUCAAAGAGAAUAUCGGAGAAUGGAGCUCUUGUCCAUUUCCCUACUUUGGAGAACUUUAUCUUAAUACAGGUUUCAUGAGUUUUUGUCAA